UCAAGGCAGGAAUGAAAGAAAGUCCUCCGAAUAAAGAACUUCUUGAGUGCUAUAGCUGCUAUGGCUAUGGCUGUUGGCUACAGAAGAUCCCUUUAUUGAGGACACUAAAAUAUGCCAGUUUUUUCUUAUUUUAAAUUGUAAGGAAUCUGAGACCAUACUGUCUUAGACAACACAUGUUUGGGUACUUUUUGGCCGUUUGACCACUUGCAAUAGUUAAUACAAAGCAGCCCGUGAGUCGUCAAACAUCGCGGACUUUGAUUUCAUCAGACGGUCGCAGAGUGAAGUCGUGAAUGAAGAGAACACAUCCGCGCCAUUUCAGAAGGAAACUCCCCCAGCGAGUAACAAACUCAUCCAAUUUCUACAGUGAGAUUCAAGUGAGUGAAGGAACCAGGCAGCUAGAGCAUGUCCAGCGCCUCGCCCAGUCUCUGGGAGAAGCGGAGGUCCUCUGGCACAGCGGGCCCCCACGGACCCAGACCCCUGGAGCUGGAGCUGUCAGGGCCGCCCGGACCGGGGGGGGCACCAGGGGGGGGGGCUGUUAACAACAACUGCAGCCGGCUGCUGAACAACGACACCAUGCCCCUGGAGCACCAUGAAGACAUCGAGGAGAGCCCGGUCCUUGCUCCGGUCCCCCACCCCUACCUGGCCCACCCGCGGAUGUCGGUGCGCAUGUCGGUGUGGAGCGUGGGGGUCCGACCGGUCGUCAUCACCCGGGCCUACGCUCAGGGGCGCGUCUACAACUUCCUGGAGCGGCCGUCGGGCUGGAAGUGCUUCGUCUACCACUUCACAGUGUUCCUCAUCGUGUUGGCGUGUCUGAUCCUCAGUGUGCUGUCCACCAUAGACCAGUACCAGACCCUGGCCCACGAGACUCUCUACUGGGUGGAGAUCGUCCUGGUGGUUUUCUUCGGAGUGGAAUAUUUUGUUCGUCUCUGGUCAGCGGGGUGUCGGAGUAAAUAUGUCGGCUUCUGGGGAAGAUUACGCUUUGCAAGGAAACCGAUAUCAAUUAUAGACCUGAUCGUGGUGGCUGCCUCCAUGGUGGUCCUGUCGGUGGGCUCCAAGGGCCAGGUGUUCGCCACCUCCGCCGUCAGGGGGAUCCGCUUCCUGCAGAUCCUGCGCAUGCUGCACGUGGACCGGCAGGGCGGCACCUGGCGGCUGCUGGGCUCCGUGGUCUUCAUCCACCGCCAGGAGCUGAUCACCACGCUGUACAUCGGCUUCCUGGGGCUGAUUUUCUCCUCGUACUUCGUGUAUCUGGCGGAGAAGGACGCGGUGGACGCCAACGGGGUCACCGAGUUCGGCAGCUACGCCGACGCCCUGUGGUGGGGUGUGGUGACCGUCACGACCAUCGGCUACGGAGACAAGGUGCCCCAGACGUGGGUCGGGAAGACCAUCGCAUCGUGUUUCUCCGUCUUCGCCAUCUCCUUCUUCGCCCUACCGGCGGGCAUCCUGGGCUCCGGCUUUGCGCUGAAGGUUCAGCAGAAGCAGAGACAGAAGCACUUCAACCGACAGAUCCCCGCUGCCGCCUGCCUCAUUCAGACGUCCUGGAGGUGUUUCGCUGUGGAGAACCCGGAGUCGGCGACCUUCAAGAUGUUCCUGAGGAAGAGGCCGGCGCUCCCUCCCAGCUCGGUGACCGGCCCCAAGCACAAGAAGUCUGUGAAGGUGAGGAGGAAGAUGAAGACCACUGAGAAGGAGAGCAGCCCGCUGUCCAGCCCGGUGUCGCCCACCGUCCCCAGAAUCACCUACGACGUCUUCGACAGCGGCAAGGAGCUCAGCUCCGACGUGUACAGUACCGUGGGCACAGAUGGUCAGCAGUCCUGGCCGUCACUAUCAUCGCUCCAGUUCAGCUCCCCACCACCAGUGAAGAAGGGGGCUCUGCUGGAGGUCCACUUCCCCCCCGGUCCCCAGAGCCGCGGCAACGCUGAAGACCUGGAGCUGGACCCGCCGCGGGUGGAGCUGGAGCCUGUGGCCUCCGUCUCCCAGAUGACGGGGGCCCACCGGAGUGCCGUCCGCGUGGUGCAGAGGCUGCGCUACUUCGUGGCCAAGAAGAAAUUCCAGCAAGCGCGGAAACCGUACGACGUGAGGGACGUGAUCGAGCAGUACUCCCAGGGCCAUCUGCACCUGAUGGUGCGCAUCAAGGAGCUGCAGCGACGCAUGGACCAGUCCCUGGGGAAGCUGACUUUGUUCCAGACCUCGUCAGACAGACUGAAGGACAGAGGAACAAACACUAUCGGGGCCCGUCUCCACAGGAUGGAGGAGAAGAUCAGCCACGUGGACCACACCCUGCGGCGGGUGGCCGACUCCCUGGCGCUGCUGCUGGACCCGGGGAGGCCGCCGGGGGGGCGCGGGGCGGAGCCCGCGGGGGGGUGGCGGGACGGCAGGCGGCCGUCGCAGGGAGGGAGGACCUGGAACGUCCUCCCAGUCCAGGGAGAUGGGGUGCCGCCCGGCCGGGGGGCCGACGAGCUGCCGCCCGGCCGGGGGGCCGACGAGCUGCCGCCCGGCCGGGGGGCCGACGAGCUGCCCGGCUACGAGCAGCUGGCCCCCCCCUCCUCCGUCCCCUACACCGCCUCCUACACCUCCUCCUACAUCCAACAGCACCGUGGACCAGGACAGCUCCUGAGGCCGGACCCCCCCGGACUCCCCCCGGCCCCCCUGGACCCCCGGCCCCCCUCCCAGAACGCCGUUCCAACCCUGAUCCCCUUUUAA